AUGGAUAUCUGUUACAACGUUGCUCGAGUUGCUACGAUUGGAAGUGAUGAGAAGGAGGGUUCGGUGAUUGAUGGAAGACGAGUAGAAAAGAAGACCUCAAGCCUGGCAGUGAACGUUGCUGCCAUUGUUGGUGACGAGCUCGAGUCCGUAGUCACUGGUGAUGGGUUUAAUUUAUGUCUCACCUAUGAAGAAAAGAAGAGGUGUUGUUGUUUCGCUGCCAUUGACAGUGAUGAUGAUGUCAGAAUAUCAGAGAUGAAUGGAGAAGAACACAAGCUGGCAGUGAAUGAUAAUGGAAACGGAGAAGAGUAUGUUGUGUUUGUUGGAUGCUCUCAGGAUAUAGAAGAACUCGAGUUCAAGUCUAAACAGGGAAGAAUUGAUCUAUCAAAGCCGUUACUUUAUGAAGUUCUUGUUGAGAGGAAUGGUUUUUCAUUUUUUGUCUCAGUUGACUAUGAAAAAAUUCCCUCCUACUGUGCUUUUUGUAAAACAAUAGGUCAUGAGGAAGGUUCUUGUAAGAAGAAGCAACAAAAAGAAGUAAAUGUUAAUGAGCCGAGCAAGGAUGCUGCUAAUAAUAAGAAGACUCAUUAUGUCCCUAAGAAGACUAUUCCAACAACUACAGGUGUUACUAAUGGUGAUGCUGUAGGUUCUCCACCGAGUAUUCCCCCUGUAGCUCUUGAGUUUACUACUGGCUUUGUCGAAGUUACACAGCCAAAUAGUAAGGAGUCUCUCCCAGCCUUUGGGAAUGAUGUUGAUAAAUCUGUUACUAUGCCAUGUAAUAAUGAGACUCUUUCAAGAAUGAAUGUUUUGAAUGGUGUUGUUGUAGAUACUCCACCAGAUAAUAAUGUUGAUAACUCAGAGAUUCCUCUAUCUCACCAGCAUGAAGAUAAUGAAGAUGAUGUGGUAAGCGUUGGUACUCUUGAAGAUGAGAAAGGAUGUGAUCCCCCUUUUGAAGCAGUUCUUACCAAGUCUCAGAAAAAACGUGCUCGAGAAAAAGCCAAAAAAGCUGUUAUGGCAGAAUCACAAUCUAAAUCUUGGAAUAUGCGUCCAAGGAGUGAUGAUUUCUUGCGAAACAAGUUUGGGUGACAUGAGUUAUUACAUUGCUGGUGUUAUGCUUCCACUUCUUAUCUCACUCGCAGAGAUUUGUGGUUAGGUCUGACAGAUUGAAUAGCCAAUCUUCCUGGUCCUUGG